AUGAGUCACAAGGCUCAACCGCCAGUCUUUGCGCCUGUCAAGUCACCCCCUCCUGCUUAUAAUGCGAAACCUGUUACACCAUUAGCGGUUACAUUUCGAGAGGUGCAUGAAAUGAGUCACAAGGCUCAACCGCCAGUCUUUGCGCCUGUCAAGUCACCCCCUCCUGCUUAUAAUGCGAAACCUGUUACACCAUUAGCGGUUACCUUUCGAGAGGUAUCGACUGGUGGAGGGCCGACUAUGGAAGAGCAGUGCACGAUAGAGCAUAUUCGAUCAUUUCUAGGCUCAUCGGAGUUCGAUGAAGACCUUUGUUUGAAGGCCAUACGGCACCCAAGAUUGCGUAGUCAGAAGAACACUAACGAGGAAGAGUAUCUGCAAGAAGUAGUGGGCGUUUAUAUGGAUGAACUGAAUCAUGCCACAGAGAAGGAGCAGCAGCGGUCUCAAACCCCUCGUCCGGCCAUAGGAUGCGCUAACCGCCCAAUGCAAACCAUCGAGGAAGCUGCAGCAGAAAUUCAACAACAGAGCGGUUCUUUGAACGUGGUUCCUGUAUCUUGCAGCGGUCCAACUGCAACCACAGCCACUCCGAUGCCCGCUCUCACUUCAGCAGCAGAACGAGAGCAAAGUGAUAUCGAGAAGGCUAUAGCUGAAUCAUUAAUAUCGCAAGGACCUCCGGGAAAUCGAUCCUAUGUGUCAUCCUUACCAUCAAAUCCUGAGGACAUGUUGAGGAAGGAAGGAGUUUCGGUUGGUCUCCACAACACGGGUAAUACCUGCUGGUUCAAUGUUGUGGCUCAGCUGUUAUUUCACCUUCCUCGUUUCCGUCGUGUCGUAUACGAGUACGCUCCAAAGCAGCCAGAUUUAACUGCUGAGGGUUCCGAUCAGAAUGACGACAUCACGGAGGUGGAUCUUGUGGAAAAAAUGCGGUAUUUGUUUGCCAGUAUGGAUCUUGGAAAUAGACGCUACAUCGAUCCUUCUGAAGCGCUCAACGUCGUUAGUGCCUUAGCAGCCCGUAGCAAGAGUGACGUAAUUCUCGGCAGACAACAGGACGCAUCAGAGAUGAUGUCAAAUUUAAUGGAAUGGAUGGAAAAAGGAUUGGCAUUGGAACAGACUGAUCAUCAGGAACAACAGGAACAAAGUGGGGAAGCUGUGAAGCAGUCGCCACCACUCGAAACUAGUCGCAGUUUGGAGGCAAUGGAAAUUUCGCCCAUGGCUUCUGUUGAAGCAGCGGGAUCUGCUCUGCCGGACGCAACAGCACCAACCCAACCAGAAUCUGCUGUCAUGAAGGCUGAAGAAAUGAAUGUAGACACGCAACAACCUGUUGCUGAACCGCCUCCUCAACAGUCCCACAUGGAUUGCAUUAAGGCCUUAUUCCAUGGAUAUCAAACAGAGCGUGGAAGUAAUGAUACUGUAAACACAUGGAGUAAAUUAGAGUACACCUCGUUAUUCCCUGUUCACGUUUCGCACGGUAACUUACACGACGCUCUUGAAGCUCACCAAUUUCUGAAUGAUUCUGGAAAAGAGCCAUGGUUCGAAACUUUACCAGCUGUCUUGAUUUUCUCAUUGGGCCGUUACUUUUUCAAUGGUACAAAAGGAGAAACGGAAAAGCUCAACAUGCGUUUCCACUUUCCUCGUACGAUUUACAUGGAUCGUUAUAUGGCGAGUAACUACGACUAUGUCAGUAGUAUACGAGAGACACGAAAUCACCUGCGAAACGAGCUGUCUAAUGUUCGUGCUGAGCUUAAGGGUUUGAAUGAGUUCCCCAUCGGCGAUCGUAAAGAGAAACUCGUCAACAUUCUUGGAGCAGCACUUAUGUUCGCUAAAGCGACUAAAUCAGAGACUGAAAGAAUGGAUGAUGGUACGGCUGUUGUAUCGUCCCCAGGCUCAGUUAGCGCCAAUAAGUUGCAGUCAUUUGUUGAGGAUAAAUCUGCAGAUCUUUGCAAUCGCGAAACAGAGUUAAUAAAGUCUAUCGACGAAAUUUAUGACCGGGAAGAUCUAAAGCAGCAUGGAUACCGGCUUCACGCCGUGGCUAUACAUCAAGGUCAAGCAAGUGCCGGUCAUUACUGGGCCUACGUUAGAAAAGGAAAUGACGAUUCGCAAUGGGAGAAGUUCAACGACCAACGGGUCGAAAGCGCAGCAUGGAGCGAUAUCGAGGCGGAAGCUGUCGGGGGUAUCCGAACAACUUCGGCAUAUUUCCUUCUAUAUGUCAGUUCCGCUGCAGAGCCAUGGCUUUUUUCUGACGACUGCCCAACUUCUUCCUUCCUAAUGAGUGAGAUCCGAGAGCAAGUGGAACAUGAAAACGCAGCCCUGGAGUCAGAAAUCGAGCGUUAUCGUUGUACUCAGAAUGAAGAUUCGAAAGGAAAUGCUGACAAUUACGAGCUUCCUCGUGAUGCUAGUGGAAAAGUAAUUUGUGCGCCUCCCCCUCCCAUUGGCAACGAAGACGAAUUGCUCAGCGGUACUCCGUUGGAAAGGGCAUUAUCAGAUCCGGAAAACUUAGCUGUACCCUUGGCGGAUUACUGCGAUCCUCUGUUUACUGAAGCAAUGUUUGAACAAGAAAAGCUAAAGCUAUUUUCACUUAUGGACUUCAAUUCUGGAACUUAUCCACCUUCUGUCACUCCUGACAGUGUGAUUGAUAAUCAAUCUAAAUUAAUGUAUAGAAACGUCCUAAAACCAAUGUUAAUCGCAUACGUGCGGAGAGCAGAGGUGAGCGGAGUGGUAGACGUAAGAGAAAUCUAUAAUAAGGUGAUCAGCUGUUUUUAUGACGAGACUGACAACAUUUCCUGUUCCGAACGAUCCCGGCCAUUACGUUGUCUGCCGGACAUUUGGUACACAAUGGGCUUUCGUGCUCCUGCAAAGACAAUGCGCUUUGCCAUCGUGCGUGCUCUACUCAAUGCUGAAUCCGAAGGAAUACUGAGAUGCGCACGUGAAGAGUACGAUGAGUUUAUGUCAGUGCCGUAUGCCGACCAUUAUGUUGUUCUGUUCCAGCGCGCUUCUCAUUUGUAUGACUUGGUGAAAACUUUAUGGAGUGUCGUUCGUCAAGUUGCCAACGAUAUGAAUCAUAGCAAUGCAGCGAAUUUGCCACGACUUUCGGCUAAGGCCGUGGAGAUGAAUAUAAGAAUGUUGAGAAUGGUCAGAGCUGUAGCACACUUGUAUGCACGGGUUUACGCGGAAGUUGGGAACAUUCAGGGGCCUAAUUUCCAGGAGCAUGCCGACUACAUUAUACCAAGUUACAUCAUGCGUGGAAUAAGUAUCAUCCCUGUUUUGUGGAUCUUUGCAACGAUUGUUCAAUUCCUCGUUGAUCGCACUUCACCACGUGAUGAUAUUGCCCGAUUACUGACUGAUUCGAUGGGCACAAUUGAAAUUGCAAUCCACCAACUUGCUGUCUGGGCACAAGCGGGAUAUAAAGACGUUGAAAAGGUACUCAAUCAUAUCAAUGAAACUUUGGGAAUGAUUGGUUUAGUGUUUUCCGCUACCACGACUCCACUGAAAAGAGAGAUCUCGCGGAGGAUUCACGGAGCCACUCAGCCUAAUCGGCAUUUCGAUGCACCAUUACAGACCUUCAUCUCACAAGCAACAGAUAUUUGUUACGAAGUCGAACAGGCAGCCUGCCAAUUGUCGCUCUUGGGAGUGGCAGAUCCCGCGGAAGCAGACAACGUCUACACUAGAUUAAUGGCAGUCGUUAGUGAUAUCAUCAACAAUGCGAUGCAAUUAGACGAUAAGGCUGGCCCUGUUCCUCCUGCUGCUUUUUAG